AUGGCUGCUCUUUCAACUUUGAGAUUUAUUGGUAAGUUCAUAUUUUCACAUUCAAAUUACAAAGAUCCAAAAUAUGGUUAACUUUUGCAUCCAUUAUUAUGCUUUUUAAUAAGUUCAUUUAGUUAUAUGUAUGGAAGCAUAAGAUUGGAGAAUAAAAGUUUAGAUAGAAUUGAAGAUGUAAUUUAAAUUUUAAAUUAGUUUCAAGAAUCAUAAACAACAAGAAACAUAAUUGCAAUAGGAUUCAUAUUUUAUGUUAUGCUUAUAAUUUUUGCAAGAUUUGGUUAAGCAAAAUUUACAAUAUUUUAUGAAUUGAUGUGGGCUUGCAAUUUGAGUUUGUUUAGUUCUGCUUAUGCAUUUUGGAAGUAAAAAUGAUUAAUAUUUAGAAAUAAACCAUUAAUAUUGGCUGCCAGCAUGAUAUUAGUAUCAAUUGAUUAAGUUUUGUGGUAUGUAGAUUUAUUAGCAUUUUUUUUAUUUAAAACAUGGCCAAUAGGAGUAGCAAAGUAUAUGAAUAAAUAAAUUUAAUAGAUAUUUGACAUGGCCAUCAACUACGAAAUUGAGGUUAUUAACCUCAUUUCAUCAUAUAUUUUAUUUACCAAUAUGUUUAUAUUUUUUAAGAAAUUAAAAAGGAAUUCCAAUAACAGCAUGGUAAAUAAGUAUAGGAAUGGGUUCAAUUCUAACAAUAGUUUCUAGGUAUUAAUAAUUAUAUAUUUUUUAGAUUAUUGACACCUAAAUCAAUAUUAUUGAAAGGAUAAAAAGAAGAAAUAUAUUUAAAUUUAAACUUAUCAAGAUAAUUAUGGAAGGAUAUCCCUUUUAAAAUUUUAACAAUAGCUGAUGAUAAACCAUGGUAUAUAGCAUUACCUUUUUCAAGUUUGAUGUGGAAUUCUGGUAAUUAUAUAUUAGGAUAUGAAUUACUAAACAGAAUUUUAAAAUAUUUGAAUUAAUCAUAAAUAUAAUGA